GCGGGGAUAAAAGAACAAAGACAGUUAAAAGUGAGGAGGGCUGUAGGUAAAAUGCAAAAUUGAAAUGGAAAAUAUAUGCACCGCAUUUUGUAUUUUUAUAAUGUUGCAUACCUCUUUCCGUCAAAAAUGGCUCCUCCUUUCUCAAACUGUACUACGGAAUUAUAUUCCAUUUGAGAACAAACUUAUUCUCCGCUCCAGUGAUGGGAACUACAGGCGGAGUGGAGAAUGACUAUCAGCCGAUGAUUGAAGUCCCAUUUGAUCUCUUUGUGACAAAGAAACAGAAGGUGUUUGACGUGGACGGCAAAUUCGAAUUCACUGAUUUGUUUGGCAAUUUGCUCUUCGAGGUUGAAAGCCUAUCAGCUGAUUCUUCGUCUCAUCCAAAUGGCCGGAAGUUUCUCCUUGACGCUGCUGGAGAUACGCUUAUCACCGUGGUCCAAGCAAUUAAAGGAAAGUGGAAAGGGUUUAAGGGAGAAAGCACUCAGGAAAGGGAAAUGUUGUUCAAAGUGGAGAGGGUUACAAAUACAUUUACAGAUAAAGAGUUUGAGAUAUUUCUUUGUGAUGAAAACAUUGAAGAAGGAAAAACCGAUUUCAGGAUGAAGGGCUGCCCUUUCAAAAGAUCUUGCACUAUAUACAAAGGAAACUCAAUAUUGGCUCAGACCAGCCUUAUGUAUACUAUUGGGUCGGGCAAGUAUUGUGUUCCUAGGAGCAGAUUCCGAAUCACUCUAUUUCCAGGCCCUUGUGAUAUUGUUAUGAUCGUUUCUUUGGUUGUAAUAUUCUUUUAUAAAAGAAGGUUUUUGGUAUAGCACAAAAUGUCAAAAUAACCAAAAUAUAUCCCCUCCUAUUACCACCUUUAAGUAAUCGAUUUUACAAGGCAAUGGACAUCACGACCUAUUUGAGGCGUGUUUAUAACAAACAAUGUUUUCAUGAAUGGAUGAAUCUUGGAGCCGCCAUUGAUGGUGGGAAGGAGCUUGCAGCAUUGGAGUAAUGGUAAUGGCCUUGAGGGAAACCAAGGCUCGAUCCGUUUGGUUAAGGGAAAAUGUUUUAUACUCCGUAACUGUUUUGCUGUAAACUAAUUUGUUUAUGUUGUUUGGAUGAAAUGGAGCCGGAAAUAAUCUCUUAAAAGGUCAAUAUUCCUCUUGAA